GCAAACAAGCUCUGCAGAUAACGAUGGAAUACGGCGCGUACGGCGCCAGCUGCUUUAACCGCCACAGCCGUGCUCCAAUCUGCCUAUAGCAAUGACUUCGGUUUCUGCGCCACUAGAAUCCCUCAUCGACGUCCUCGUCAUAGGUGCUGGACCGGCAGGUCUUGCGACCGCGCUCGGCCUCACAAGGGCGGGGAUAAAAGUCAGAAUCGUCGAUAUCAGAGCACAGAGAAUUUCAGUAGGCCACGCGGAUGGCAUCAUGCCCCGAACUAUCGAGGUUCUUGACAGCUAUGGUGUUAGCAAUGAGCUUAUCAGAAAGAGUCAUCAUGUGUACGCGAUUAGCAACUACAACUACGACCCUUCCAUCGAUGGUAUCAAGUACGCCAGCAGAGUGCCGGCGAUAAAUGAACCCACCGCGAGGUAUAAAUACAUUGCAACCCAUAACCAGGGUUUCAUAGAAGGCUUGUUGCUGGCCGGUCUGGAAGAUGCCAAUGUACGGGUCGAGCAGGCGUGCAAACCGACAAGCUUGGAGCUGUCAUCCUGUGAAGACGAGCUGAAAGAUCAUGCGUCAUACCCUGUUAAAAUUACACUCGAGCAUCUCUCAGCUGCCCCAGGAACACCUUCCUCUGAAAUUGUUCACGCAAGGUUUAUCGUCGGCGCGGACGGAGCACACUCCUGGGUCCGCCAUAUGCUUGGUAUUCCUAUGGAGGGCGACAGCACUGCUCGAGUCUGGGGGGCAAUUGACUUUACGCCCUUGCCAUCGAGUAACUUCCCCGACUGGCGGAACAUCACAACGGUCAACGCUGCUGACACUGGCAUUAUGCUUAUUCCCCGCGAAUGCAGCAAAGUGCGAUUGUACAUCGAGCUCGGCUCUGUCGAUGAGUUCGAGCAGGAUGACCGUGGGCGACCGGAUACCAGCAAGAUCACCGCAGAUAAGUUGCUCGACAUCGCCAAGCGCGCAUUCAAGCCAUACAUCCUAGAAACUACGCCGGACAAGGUCGAGUGGUGGACUGCGUAUAUCAUUGGUCAGCGAGUUGCAACCAGAUUCUGCGAUCGGGGUCGGGCGUUCAUUGUUGGCGACGCAUGUCACACCCAUUCGCCAAAGGGUGGACAAGGCAUGAACGCUAGCAUGAACGACGGACACAAUCUCGCAUGGAAGCUCGCUCAUGUCCUGAAAAGUUGGAGUCCGAUGGCGUUGCUUGACACCUACGAAGCAGAACGGCGUCCGUUUGCUCAAGAGCUCAUCGCUUUCGACAGAUGGUAUGCUGAAGGUUUCAACGCCGAAUCACGCGCAAAGCUCGUCCGAGAGAAGGGCUUAGAAGUCGCACUAACCGGCCCGGCAUUCCGCACGUUCAGUGCGCUCACCACUGGCAUCGGUAUCCAGUACGCACCUUCGAUAAUCACAUCACAGGUCUCUCCCACAGUAGACGUCAUCAAAACCGAGACUUCGCCCUUCACAUUGACAGUCGGCAAACGCGUCCCGCCCUAUGCCCUCAUGCGCGUUGCGGAUUGCCGCCCGAUUAACCUCCAGGAUGCGUUACCGUCCGACGGCCUCUCCAAACUCAUCGUCUUUGCCGGGCCUCUCACCAGCCUGGAGGAGAAGGGCAGGCUUGCAGAAGUCGAGGAGGCACUACGAGACAUCUUUCAUGCGUUCGGCACUGAUAAAUUCCGGCUCCUCGUCAUACUUUCCGCAGUCAGCGACGAUAUGAGCUACAAAGACGUUCCGGUGGGGCUGCGGAAGGAUUGGACGAGCAUUCUGGUGGACUCUACCUCAUCAUUUUCGAACGAAUCUGGUGGGGCGUACGCAGCAUUCGGCAUCCCGGUUACUGGAAAGUUUGUGGCUGUCCGUCCAGAUGGGUACGUCGGUACAAUUAUUGAGCUGAGCGAGAUGCGGAGGCUAGACGACUACUUGAGAGGAUGGCUGCUUCGAUCAUCUGACCCUUUGUAAAUGCC